UGUAUAAUUUAUUCUUGACAGCAAGAUGAAAAUGACAAUACACAAUAAUAUUCGCAAUCAUCCGUACCAUUUUGAGCACAUGCUGCAACAAGAACAGCAGCAACAGCAGCAGCAGCAGCAGCAGUUAUCUCCUACAGUGACUUCAUCGACUUCUAGCACGAAAUCUGAUCAUCAAUAUAAACGAAGAAAGAGUAGUGUCCAUAACCAUUUUACUUGGCUUGUGUUUAUUAAUGCAAAGUGGGUUCCUUUCGAUCAGUCAAAUCAGCAAAAACUAGAGCAAACCCUGGGAUUAGGUGGCACUUUUGUUGAUAUUAAAGAUCCUCUGUUUCCUGCUGUAAAAAAAGUGCGUGUCUUUCCGAAAGCAAAUUACUUGAGCUACUUGGGUGUAAAAUACCGAUUGUCAAGAGUAAUGCAGCCGCAACAUCUCGAUAUGGAUCAAUAUCAAAGUAUCGACGAUAGUACCAGCCAUCCUCAUCACACGAAUAACAGCACGAAUAACCAAGAAAAUACAAAACUACUACUGCUAUUGCAGCGGAAUAAUACCAUUCAUCGCAACAACCAUCCACCAAUACAAAUAAUGAACACGAUGACACCAUGCAUCAAUAGUCAUCAUCAUCAUCAUCAUAAUGCCUGCAUAAACAAUAACGAUAAUAUGAGUAACCAUUAUUACCAACAUCCACCAGUGUAUUAUGAUCAGUCUUCGCUUCUUCCGUCUUAUUUAAAUAGGGCAAAAGACCCCCCUUCUUUUCUGUAAAAUAAAUAAUUUGCUAAUAACAAAGAUUUUUUGCUAUACGCUGAAGCAGAGUGAAGAUCUCCAUGUGAAUUUCUGAUAAUAAAAAAGCUCUCUCUCUCUUUCGUGCCUUUGUGCUUUCUAGAAAGACAGUAUACAUAAUAAAGAACAUAGCGAUCAUACGGCCAUAUCACGUGAGGGUAUUCCUAUGGCUCACCCAUUCCUUGUUGUUGCACAUUUUUAUCAUUUUAGACAUUCAUAAAUAAAAGAUACACCACUCAUAGAAGCUUCUUUUUUCUUGAUAAAUCCUGAUCAGAUCAUCGAACAUCACUAUUUUUCUUAUUUACCAUAUACAGUAUGUAUCAGAUUGCACAAAGAGGUUAAGGUAGACCCUGCAUUAUGUUGCAUAAAAGAUCACUCCCAACCCACACCAGAAAGAGAUAACGCCUGUUUUGGGACCAUGGUCAGCGGAGAUAAAGCUGCAACACAAAACCGAUGUGGAAGCA